GACUGUGGCUGUGUUAUGUGUGCCAUGGACUCAGCCCAGUAAUAUUGACAAUAGGGUUGAAAAGAGAUCGCCCGUAUUAAACGGAAUCAAAAGGAGAAAAUAGAAGAAAACACGGGGUUGCGCUGCAAGUGGGCGAAUCUGGCAGCAAGCGGGGCAUGUGAUUCGGUCCGCUCAGUCCUUUUAUGCACUCGUGUUCGGCUGUUAAUGGGACGCGGGGGAUUAUUUCGUUAGAAGAUAAACGGUACUGGGCUCGGCUCUGUGAAAGGCCAGGAUCGCCCGUUUCGUGGUGCUGUGUCCGCCGAGAGAGGCCGAUCGGACUGGACCGAGACGCUGCAGAGGGAACACCGUUGGACAGGAUCGCUCCUCACCGCUGUAUCCGCUCCAGAACCCCGAGGAUCAAGCAGGGCUAUGUCCUCAGCAGCCACCACGCCUCCAUCAGUGGACAAAGUGGACGGAUUUUCCCGGAAGUCUGUCAGGAAGGCCAAGCAGAAACGGUCGCAGAGCUCCUCGCAGUUCCGGUCUCAGGGCAAACCCAUCGAGCUCACCCCGCUGCCCCUUCUGAAAGAUGUCCCAGCACCAGAGCAGCCAGAGCUGUUCCUGAAGAAGCUGCAGCAGUGCUGCACUGUGUUUGACUUCAUGGACACGCUGUCGGACCUCAAGAUGAAGGAGUAUAAACGCUCCACGCUCAAUGAGCUGGUGGACUAUGUCAUGGUCAGCCGGGGCUACCUGACAGAGCAAGCCUAUCCGGAGGUGGUCAAAAUGGUGUCCUACAACAUAUUCCGGACCUUACCGCCCAGUGACAGUAAUGAAUUUGACCCAGAAGAGGAUGAACCAACGCUUGAGGCCUCCUGGCCACAUUUACAGCUCGUGUACGAGUUCUUCAUUCGCUUCUUAGAGAGUCAAGAAUUCCAACCCAGCAUUGCCAAAAAGUACAUAGACCAGAAGUUUGUAUUGCAGCUCCUGGAGCUCUUUGACAGCGAAGACCCUCGUGAGAGAGACUACCUGAAGACAGUCCUGCACAGAAUUUAUGGGAAGUUUCUUGGGUUGCGGGCUUUUAUACGAAAACAAAUCAAUAAUAUUUUUCUACGUUUUGUUUAUGAAACUGAGCACUUCAAUGGUGUAGCAGAGCUGCUGGAGAUCCUGGGAAGCAUCAUCAAUGGCUUUGCCCUGCCAUUGAAGGCUGAACACAAACAGUUCCUGGUCAAGGUGCUCAUCCCCUUGCACACUGUCAGGAGCCUGUCCCUCUUUCACGCACAGCUUGCUUACUGUAUUGUACAGUUUCUGGAGAAGGACCCAACUCUAACAGAACCAGUCAUCAGAGGUUUGCUGAAGUUCUGGCCGAAAACAUGCAGUCAAAAAGAGGUCAUGUUCUUGGGGGAGCUGGAGGAAAUCCUGGAUGUAAUUGAGCCCACGCAGUUUGUUAAGAUUCAGGAGCCCCUCUUCAAACAAAUCUCCAGAUGCGUCUCCAGCCCUCACUUCCAGGUGGCUGAGCGUGCCCUAUACUACUGGAACAAUGAAUACAUCAUGAGUCUGAUUGAGGAGAACUCCAGUGUCAUCCUGCCUAUCAUGUUUGCCAGUCUCUACCGGAUCUCCAAAGAGCACUGGAAUCCGGCAAUUGUGGCUCUUGUGUACAAUGUCCUGAAAGCCUUCAUGGAGAUGAACAGCACUCUGUUUGAUGAACUCACGGCCACCUACAAGUCAGACCGCCAACGUGAGAAGAAGAAGGAGAAGGAGAGGGAGGAGCUGUGGAAGAAGCUGGAAGACCUGGAGUUGAAGAGGGGCCUUCGGAGUGAUGGAAUCAUCCCCACUUAACACAGCGCCACCUACUGGAGGUGGAGCGACAGUCAUUUUUCCCUCUGUAUUGUGCGACUUACUUUACAAGUAGAUUGACACGUUUAUUCCAUUAUUUCAGCAGCACUGUAAAUAUCUUUUUCUUUUUCCUUAAAAUGGUAAUAAACAAAGAAAAAAACAAAAAGGAUGAAAAAAAUCUAAACAAGAAAAGGUAACCUUGGGAAAAGAGACUUGGUCUGUAGGACUUGCAUUGAACUCUUCUUUAAAAAAAAAUUAAAAAUGAAAACUAAAAAA